AGUCAGUUUUGCUCUCUUUGUGGGCUGCAUUCCUCCGUUUUUUGCCGUUGUCUCUAGUUGGUUUUCGUUGUUGCGGUCGACGUUAUUCUCCCCGUUGGGAGUACAGAUGUUGAACGGUGGCGUUCGUCCGUUGAUGAUUGCAGGAGUGUUUUCUCGCGAAAUCUAUUGCCGAGCAUGGGGGAGUGGAUCGCAUGCAAAGAGGCGCACCGCCUGGAAGGCGAGUACAAGUUGAACGUGGAGGUGGUGGAGGCCCGAAACUUGAAGUUUGGGGGGGGGCACCGGAUGCACAGUCCGUACUUGAGGAUACGGGCGGGCAAGAGCUCGAGGAGGACGAGGUCGGUGGGAGGGUUGAAUCCGGUGUGGAGGAUAGGGUCGCACAUAGAGAAGUUGGUUUUUCGGUUGGAUUCGACGGUGAGCAAGAUUUCGUGCGUGUGCAGAAAUGCGAGCAUCUCGGAGGUAGAUGAGGAGAUAGGUCGGUUUGUCGUGUCGUUGUCGGAGGUUCCAGUGUACCCUGAGAGGUUGGAUGGUUGGUUUGACUUGAGGGGUCUGGGGGAGAGGAGCGUGGAUUCCGGAAGGUUUCGUUUGGUGGUGUGUUUGAGGAGGGUGCUGGGGAGAGGAGCGAGGUGGACGUUGUUGAGAGAGAUUGGUUGCAAGUCGCUGAGAAUGUCAGAUUUUGUGGUGUUGUUGAGGUUGAAUCAGUUUAAGGAGUUGAAUCGGUUGCUGUCCGAGUUGAAGGAGAUAGAGAUUUCGAGUCCGGUGGACGCGUCGAAGAAGGACACGUUUUUGCAUUAUUUGCUUCGGAGGAGGAAGUGGACUGACGAGGCGUUGUCGUUGUUGUCGGCGGUGCUGAAUCACCCGAAGGUGGACGUGAACGCGGCUGGACGCCACCAGAACACGCCGUUUCACCUGUUUUGCGAGCGCUUUGACCACGUGAAGGCGAUUAACUACAUGCUUUUAUUUUUGUUUCGCCACGCGGAUGUUAGGAGGGUGAACGCGCACCUGGAGACGUCGAUGCACGCGGUGACGUUCAACCCGAGCGCCAAGUUGGUGCUGGCUUCGCUGUUGCUGAGGAGGUACGCGGAGUUGCUGGAGUCGAGGAGUUUGGAGGGGGAGACGCCGCUGUUUUACGCGGUGCGGUUGGGUAGGGAUUCGUUGGUGAGGUUUUUGGCGGAGAACGGGGCAGACUUGGAGGUGAGGAACGGUUCUGGAAAGACGGUUUGCGACGUGGCUCAGGAGAGGGGACAGAAGAAGUUGUUGCAGUGGCUGCAAGACGCGCGGGAGUUGAAGUCGUGGCUGGAGCGGCACGAUUUGUUGCAUUGCACGCGGGCGUGUUUGUCGAAUGGGUUGUUCUUGGCGGUGUUGCCGGAGCUGACGAUGGAGCAGCUCGUCAGGUACAAGUUGGGGCGAGACCAAGAAGAGAGGGAGCGAAUCAUGAAGUUGAUGACGUUGGACAAGGACUGCGCGUUGAUGUCACCGGCGGUUCUGUUGAGGAAGACGUCGAUGUUGAGGCAGCUGGAGGCCCUGCAGGAGAGAACGGUUUUGAGGAAUACGUUGAUUCACACAAUAAAGACGCGAAAUUGUAGUUCUGUGCACAGAAAGACAAGGAGUCACGAGUCGAAGGGCCGGCUCGAAUCGGAUAAAAGCGACCAGGACGGCGACAGUUGUUCCAGAGCGGUCUCUGGCUUUCUCGGCUCCGCCCGCUCGCAGGAGGCGAGGUCGAUGUCUCUGAUUUGUAUGAGCGACGCGGAGAGGGCGAUAGGAGACGAAUCUGCGGGCGAUUUGUCGUCUUCUGACCGUUCGUCGCCGCUUUCUCGCGAACUGGAGGACAUGGUGGACUGGGAGUUCGACUUGGACGAGAUCUGCUGGAUGCACAAGAUCGGGUCCGGUGCCAACGGGGACGUUUACCUCGGCACAUAUCGCGGCGAGCAGGUCGCGCUCAAGAGGCUUCGCACCUGCUGUGACUUGGGUCCAGCGGACGUGGAGGCGUUCAAAAGGGAGUUCGGCAUCAUCGUCUCGCUUAGCUCCGCCUACACCGUUCAGUUUCGCGGUGCCUGUCUUACCGACGGGCUCAUAUUGAUGAUGGAAUACUGCGCGAACGGGUCUCUCUACGACAUACUUCGAAGCGACAUGUCCUUCGGCUGGGACUUGUUCUUCUCUAUCGCGGUCGAGAUGGCCUCCGGACUGGCGGUGCUGCACCAGGCGCGGCCCUGCAUUCUGCACAGGGACUUGAAAACCCCGAACUUCCUCAUAGACCAGGACUUUCACUGCAAGCUCGGCGACUUCGGACUUUCCAGACUCAACACCAACAGCAACCUGUCAACUCUGUCGAAGAUGAGGGGCACCUACUCCUACAUCGCCCCGGAGCUGUACAAAUGCGAGUCUUUCACCACGAAGUCGGACGUCUACGCUCUCGGCAUAGCGCUUUGGGAGCUCCUCAACCGCACCGCCACCGGCCGAUACGUUCACCCUUAUGAGGAGUACCACCUGAUGGGAGACCUGGCUAUUUUGCUGAAGGCCUGCAAGUUCAACGCUCGGCCGACGAUCUCCGACAACGUGCCUCAGUGCCUGUCUUCCCUCAUAUCGAGGCUGUGGGACCAGGACCCCGCGCUCAGACCGGAGGCCCCCGAGGCGCUUCAGCUGCUGAGCCUCUCGAAGUUGGAGUACGAAAAGGACCGCGCCCAGUGGGACGGCCGCCUGCCCCCGGAGAAAGCUUGCUACGACGUUCGCGGCGGGUCUCCUCAUCGCUCUCAAAGAAGGGUGCCGCGUUACAGGUCCAAGUCCGUCAAAGAGGGCCGCCGCAGGCCCGCGCUGUGAAUAACAAGUGUUCUGUGUAUUUUUGACAGUUCUAGGCGA